GGUUUCAACUUUUGCUGUGAUGACAGUUUAGAAAAUGGACGACAUUAAUAAUAACUUUAAUCCAAAUAAGCUGCCAUUAGACGAGCUAAAGAUAACAAUCAUUGGCAACGAUGGUGUCACACGAGAAGUGCCUGCACUUGAUUCUCAUUGGCUGGCGCCUGAUAAGAAAUUUAGUGGUUAUUUCUGCUUGCUAAGCACCUUUGAUACGCUCAGGUCGGGCGCCGAAUUGGACGAGUGGCGUUACCUUGCCAUUAACGUUGAGAAAGACUUCGAGUUCCUUCUUCAAUUAAAACAUCAUGAAUUCUGGUCAUAUAUGGUGUAUAAUAAAGCGACCAAGACCUGUCUUCUAGCAUUCCUUCAGGGAUGCAAUCCCUGCUAUCGACCGCGGACCCAUGGAAAUGAGUCAAGUGAUGAGCAGCUCAAUGCAUUGGCGUUUUAUGAGCAUCUGCUCAAUCUGGCUGUGCGCGUGGUCAUGCGUCUGCUUACUUCGAAUGAAUCGCCUACAGAAUGGAUAAAACCGGAGCAUCACAGCAACCUAUUGUAUAACCACUAUCUGAUGUCUGUGCCGUUGCUGUGCGAUUUGGUUAUUGCACUGGGCGAUGUCGAUGAACAGAACGUGAAAACGCUGCAAAAUAUAUUUGAUACUCUGGUGCGCAUUCAGCCGAAAUACAAAAGAGACAUGAUGGAAGGUUUGUCCUUCUUUGAGGAUGCAUUUCUCAGCAUGCAGAUUCAGGUGGAGAACGAGGGCUGCGAAGGUGCCGGCGGUGGCCCCCCCCUGGAUCCUAAUGCCGAUUCACCCUACGACGAUGUUGUGGUAUUUGCCUUAGAUUGUGCCUAUACGCUACGUUUGCUCCUCCAGUAUAGCCCUUCUCUGUUUAUGGUCUGCGAAGAGCUUAAAACUGUACAAAGCAUUUCCAAUUUCUACGAUCUGACCAUCCCAAUGCUAAAUAAAAAUAUCUAUCAGAUUAAAGCAGAUGCCAAGUCCUUGCCCUGGCUGAACGAGGCGCGACAGCAAUUCCUGCUCGCUGUGCACUACAUAGCCAGUGGACAGGUGCAAGCUGGUCAUGGCGAGCAGCUGGUGGAGUUGCUGCAGGAAUGCCUCUCGGCGCAGAACUUCAUUGUGGACCUUCAACGUCAAUAUCCGGUGGAGGCCUAUCUCAAGUUGCUCAUGAAGAAGUGCCCCGACCUCAAAAACUACAAUUUGGACUUCUUGAUAAGCGGCUACCAGAAGGCGGUUAGCAGCUGCCCCCUCGGCACCCUCGCCGACGCAUUGCUAGCCAAUGGUCACAACUCUGAUGAUGAAGCUGGCGCAUUCAUCUUGCCGGUUGAGCCACUUCGCGUGACAACGCCUGCAGUUGCUGAAAAUGGAGCUGCUCGCGACCUGGACUUGGAGGCGUCCGCUGUGCUGGAUGUGCUCCCGGACCUGGGAAUGGGCUUCAUUCGACGCGUACUCACUCGUUACGAGAACAGCGAGCAGGCGAUUGCCGCCAUAUUGGAUGAGAAUUUGCCGCCCGACUUGGCGAACGUGGAUAGACAGGAGGUGUACAUACCAGACGAUCCGCAGGACAAAUUGCAAAGCCAGAUUGGUGUACGCCACUACAAUGUGCACGAUGGUGACAAGUACGACGUGCUCACCACUGACAACCCGCAGUGCAUCAUUAAGAAGGGCAAGGGGCUGCCUGGCGGGCCGCGCAACGCAGAGCAAUUGUUGGACGACAAGCGCGACAUUGGGCUAAUGAAGCAGCGCUAUGAGCAGUACUCCAUGGUAGAGGAGACACCACUCGAACGUGGCGACGAGUACGAUGACGAGUACGACGACAGCUAUGAGGCAUUGAACGAUGGCCAGGCACCGCCGCUGAGUUUGUUGCGCGAAAAACUGCAGCAGGCAUCAGCGACAGCUGCUAGCAGUGCCUUCGAGGCCCAAGACGCUGACGAGGAUAACCAAUACGCUGAGGCUAGCGAUGAUGAUAACAUGAAUGCGCCAAAACGUGACGAAUUCUGUGAGAAUCCAGAGCUGAUACGCGCACGCUAUCAGCAGCGCCAGAUGGCCAAGUACGGAGCGCGUGCCAAGGCCGAGGUAGUGGGCGCACCAAAGGGCCAGGGCCAGACACAGGAAACGACACGCAAUCGCAGCCAGAAGGAAGCACACAAAUCCUCGCGCGCCAACCACAAUCGCAAGUCCGGCGCAGCCUUCAAGCGCAGCAGGGGCAUGAUACCCUAACUCAUUCAAAUAUCAUAACACAUCACUCGUGAUAUCAUAGCUCUUAAUAUAUAACGGGCAUUCAACUUUCCAAUCAAAUGAAAAU